GCGCCCCAGCCGCGCCGCCCGCGGAGCAGCCGCCGCCCGAGGCCCCGCGCCCGGCCUCGCCCGCCCGCGCCCCGCGCCCGGCCCCGCGCCCCGGCACAGCCCCCCGCCGCGGCAGAUGAGCGUGGGGUCGGCCCCCGGCGGGGACUAUGGUGAAAUUCCCGGCGCUCACGCACUACUGGCCCCUCAUCCGGUUCUUGGUGCCCCUGGGCAUCACCAACAUCGCCAUCGACUUCGGGGAGCAGGCCUUGAACCGGGGCAUCGCUGCUGUCAAGGAAGAUGCCGUGGAGAUGCUGGCCAGCUACGGGCUGGCGUACUCCCUGAUGAAGUUCUUCACCGGGCCCAUGAGUGACUUUAAAAAUGUGGGCCUGGUGUUUGUGAACAGCAAGCGAGACAGGACCAAAGCCGUCCUGUGCAUGGUGGUGGCUGGAGCCAUCGCUGCCAUUUUCCACACCUUGAUAGCGUAUAGUGACUUAGGUUACUACAUUAUCAAUAAGCUGCACCACGUGGAUGAGUCGGUGGGGAGCAAAACGAGAAGGGCCUUCCUGUAUCUUGCUGCCUUCCCUUUUAUGGAUGCGAUGGCAUGGACCCAUGCUGGCAUUCUCUUAAAACACAAAUACAGCUUCCUGGUGGGAUGUGCCUCAAUCUCAGACGUCAUAGCUCAGGUCGUUUUCGUAGCCAUUUUGCUUCACAGCCACCUGGAGUGUCGGGAGCCCCUGCUCAUCCCCAUCCUGUCCUUGUACAUGGGCGCCCUCGUGCGCUGCACCACCUUGUGCCUGGGCUACUACAGGAACAUCCAUGACAUCAUCCCCGACCGGAGUGGGCCUGAACUGGGGGGAGAUGCAACCAUAAGGAAGAUGCUGGGCUUCUGGUGGCCGCUGGCCCUCAUCUUAGCAACGCAGAGGAUCAGCAGGCCUAUCGUCAAUCUCUUUGUUUCCCGGGACCUCGGGGGCAGCUCUGCAGCCACAGAGGCGGUGGCGAUUUUGACAGCCACAUACCCGGUGGGCCACAUGCCAUAUGGCUGGUUGACAGAAAUCCGUGCCGUCUACCCUGCUUUUGACAAGAACAACCCCAGCAAUAAACUGGUGAGCACGAGCAACACAGUGACAGCCGCCCACAUCAAGAAGUUCACGUUCGUGUGCAUGGCCUUGUCGCUAACGCUCUGCUUUGUGAUGUUCUGGACCCCAAACGUCUCGGAGAAGAUCCUGAUAGACAUCAUUGGCGUGGACUUCGCCUUCGCCGAGCUCUGCGUGGUUCCCCUGCGCAUCUUCUCCUUCUUCCCGGUCCCAGUCACCGUGCGGGCCCACCUCACCGGGUGGCUGAUGACGCUGAAGAAGACCUUCGUGCUGGCCCCCAGCUCCGUGCUGCGCAUCAUCGUCCUCAUCACCAGCCUGGUGGUCCUGCCCUACCUGGGGGUUCACGGAGCCACCCUGGGCGUGGGCUCCCUCCUGGCGGGGUUCGUGGGCGAGUCCACCAUGGUGGCCAUCGCCGCGUGCUACGUGUAUCGGAAACAGAAAAAGAAGAUGGAGAACGAGUCGGCCGUGGAGGGGGAGGACUCGGCCAUGACGGACAUCCCGCCGGCGGAGGAGGGGGCGGACGUCGUGGAGAUGAGGGAGGAGAACCAAUAAGGCUCGGACGCCCGGGCUGCAGAGGCAGCUGCGAGGACACCUGCGCCUCGUCUCCUCUCCCAUCGUGUUUUGUUUCUUUCGGGGGGUUGUUGGUUGGUUUGGGUCACGGAAGAGGCCUUGCUGUUCCAGGUGUCGCGUGAACUCUCGGGCAGGCUAGGUUGGCUCACCCUGGCGCGGGGCCUGGACGGGCCUUUGCCAUUGCUCUGUAACACCGUUGACGUCCUGCCCCUGAUUCACGCAAACCCAAGCGACAGAGCGGCCACCUCGCCCCGUCAUCUCCUCCUCCCUCGGACAAUCUCCACUUGGAACCAAAGGACUUGGCUGUGCCAUCCACCCCCGAGGCCACCGCUGCCCGGCUGGCCGCGGACUCUCCCCUGUCCCUUGGCGUCUCUCUUAGGAAUCAACAGGCCACAGCUUGACUUUCUUUGAUUGGCUUCCCAGCACCCCGACUGUCCAGGGAGCUGGCACCUCCCGCCAUGGAGUCAUGAACGGCCCGCAGUGGCCACACACACGAAGGAGUGGAUUCGCGAACGCGCUGGGGACGAAGGGAGAUCCUCUUUGGCAGGAAGGUGUAGGAGGCCACGAGAGUGGCACAUGGACAGAAUGCGCGUUAAGCCUCACCUUGUGUCCCAGAUGGGAGCGCGCGUUCACUUUCCAUGCCCCGCCGCGUCCGUCCAGGGACUUCCUGGAGAUGCCACAAACGUGCAUCUCCAAAUUUCUGCCUUCCUUGGCAUGCGUCUCCCUGAAGGCUUGCGUCUCCCUGAAGGCUUGCCCUUCACUCACCUUUCCUGAAGAUGGCACUAGAGCAAGGGAAACGGAGCAUUCUAACUUUAUGUUUUAGUUGUUAUAAAGUGAGCUGAAGCUUUAAGUCAUAAUCUAGCAUUCUAAUGCCAGGUUGCUGUAUCGUAACCUUUGAAGUAGAUUUAUUCCCUGGUCCUGCCAUUCUUAGUCAUAACUAUGCGGUACAGUACAGGUGAUUCAGAGUGUACCUCUGUGCUCCCCUCACACCCCACCACCAAGCAAGACAUUUUAUAAACACGAUAUCCAAGUCACUAUGUGAUACUCCCUGAAAUGACACAUUUGAAAUCCAUUUAGUGCAGUCUAUUUUUCUAAGUUUUGGAAAGCGGGUUUUUUCUUUCAAAAAUUAUGGACACAGUUCAAUAAAUUCCUGAUUUCGUCAAAAUUCCUAGUCUGAAAGAACCUAAACACAAAAAUAUUUUAAAGAUAUAAAUAUAUACUGUAUAUGUUAUGUAAUUUAUUUUAGGCUAUAAUACAUUUCCUAUUUUCGCAUUUUCAAUAAAAUGUCUCUAAUACAAUAUACUGCGAUUGCUUGUGUGCUCGACGUACCUGCAGCUGGGACGUAUUGUAUCGAUGAACAUUGUACCUUAUUUGCGGCAGUUUUACCGAGUCUGUCAUUUGUACCUAAAUGUAAGUUCCAGUAAGUGACAAGAGAACUAUUUUUCACGCUGGGGAAGGAGUUAUAAUAAAUGGGUCAGCUGGUAUAGCUCGGAGUGGGGAGAGAAAUAGAAGCUGGAAAGGCAAAAAGAAGGCACGCCUGUGUGCGUGGUGUCAGUGCUGUAUCAUCACCUUGUUCCUCAUGGAAGACUGUCAGGGCAUCGGGUUGCCAGAAGCAGCUCGGGGUUGCAGUCACCUUUCUGGGCCCCCCGGGAACCGGGGGUGUCCUCACCCACGUGUGUGUCCUCUGAAGGGCGUUUCCUCCAUGUAGAGCUGAUGGUGAAUAUGCACAGCUGUGGGUGGUUUCAGGGACAGAUCUGAGAAGGUAAAAACAAAAUCUAAUUGUAUCGGCUUUUUUAAAGUACAUGACUAGAAAAUUAAACAGCAGUAUUUUUUAUCACGUGUAUUUGAUUUCA